AUGGAAAAUGGCGUUAUGAAAAGAAACAGUCGCGGGCUACGGGCAAAUAAAGUUUUCAGAGCAGCAUGGGCAACACCAGCAGUGAGAGAAGCGCAGCGGAGAAGACACAGCGGCGAGAGAGCCGUGGUGGCAAAGAUGGUGCUCGACCCAAAAUCCUAAUGGACAGUGUGGAGGACGGAGACCUCUUCCAAACAGAUGAUGCCAAGGAGUUUCUAGCCUGGCAGCAUGAUCAGGAAUCAGAGGCUAAAGCCCUGCCAGAGGAAAGGCCCACUGUGUUCCGCUGGAAUGGUCCGGGGAAAGAGAUUUACUUGUCUGGCUCCUUCAAUAACUGGUCAAGCAAAAUCCCCUUGAGUAAAAGUCAUAAUAAUUUUGUGGCCAUAAUUGACCUGCCUGAAGGAGAGCACCAGUAUAAGUUCUAUGUGGACGGACACUGGACGUUAGACCCCAAAGAGCCUUUUGUGACUAACAAGUCAGGUGUGGUGAAUAAUGUAAUUAAAGUGAGGAAAACAGACUUUGAGGUUUUCGAUGCACUGAAGACAGACUCUGAGAAAUGUGCCGAUUUGUCAGACUUAUCCAGCUCCCCACCUGGACCGUACCAUCAGGAUUCCUACUCGACCAAAUCAGAAGACAAACUGCGCACUCCUCCUAUACUCCCACCACACCUGCUGCAGGUGCUACUCAACAAAGACACUGGAAUCUCUUGUGACCCAACCCUGCUGCCUGAACCAAACCAUGUGAUGCUCAACCACCUGUACGCCCUUUCCAUCAAGGAUGGUGUGAUGGUCCUUAGUGCGACGCACCGUUACAAAAAGAAGUAUGUGACCACACUGCUGUACAAGCCUAUAUGAUCUCAAUCCAUCAACCUGUUAUCUCUGGUUUCUGCCUUAUACAGUCGUAUACUGCUAAAUAUUAUUCUUUAAAGAAAGUGACCAGACCUAUCAUACACCAGCAAACUCGCAUGUCUAUGUGAGUUUAUAUUUGUCUGUUUCUGAAUGUCAGCUUCUGAUCCAUAAACCAUUAUCUACAGUGUCUGCACAACUGUGUGUUUGCUAAAUGUAAAAAAUAUAAUUUCUUAUGAAGCUUGCAGACAUGUAAGUGUUUUGUAUGUAGCUUUUCGGUUUAUAAAUUUCAAAAUACUCCUAGAUCAUUAAAAGGACAUCUGAGAUGUCUGUUGUCAUCUAUUCUUUGAGUUCUUGAUUCCAGGAAUGUCACUAAAGACUUUUGACAUUUAAUCUGAACAUUCCCAUCAUGUUGCUCUGGAUUUAGAGAAAUCUGCAAAUACAAUGGUGAACCAUAAUAUGUUGAUGAAUGGACCACUGUGUUAAUAAAAUGCACACUAAAACAUUA